AAGAAGUGGAUGGAGCUUACUGGGAGAGAUCUGAACUUUCACAUACCGCCUGAAGCUAGUGACUUUGGAUCAUGGAGAAAUCUUCCUGUCGUAGAUAUUGAGCCCGAUCGACCUUCUCCUCUGCUGAAACAUGGCUCUUCUAGGAGAUUGCAAAAUGGUUCAGGGUUGAAUCUUCUAAAUCAUGAUCAUGAUUCUGAUGCGAUGGACUUAUCUCUUCAUUCAAACAAACGCAGGAAGGAUUCCUUCUCCCAAUCUAUGGAGGAAGAUUGUUGCUUUCUCCCAAAUUCUCAUCCAGAUAGGUCUCAGGAUAUGGAAAUUCAUUCAAUCGAGCCAUCAUGGAUCAAUGAUUUCAGUGGUGUGAUGAGAAGCGCUUGUGGUCCUGUUACUGCAGCAAAAACAGUGUAUGAAGAUGAUGAAGGUUAUCUCAUAAUGGUCAGCCUCCCCCUUUCUGAUCAGCAAAGAGUGAAGGUAUGUUGGAGAAAUGAUCUCACUCAUGGAAUAGUGAAGAUUUCUUGUGUUAGCACGUCUCGAAUGCCUUAUAUAAAGAGACAUGAUCGAACAUUCAAGCUCACAGACCCUUCUCCUGAGCAUUGCCCUCCUGGGGAGUUUGUCAGAGAGAUAUCACUGGCCACUCGGAUACAUGAAGAUGCUAAGAUAGAGGCAUAUUAUGAUGAGACUGGAACUGUUCUAGAGAUAAUGGUUCCUAAGCAUGGUUCUGAGCCUGAAGAACAUGAAGUUCAUGUUUCUCUUCGUCCUCCACAUCUUGGAACUAAUGAUCUUAUGCUGAUUUGAAAGCUUCAGAUUCAUGGUUUCAUAUUUGGUUGCUGUGAUUAACUACUUCUAAAUUAGUUAAGUCAUCAUGAAGCUUGACUUAGCUGAAUAGAUUCUAAUCUUGCUCA